UUCUUGAUUGAGUUGUGUUUUGAAACUGAUUCACAUUAAAAUAUGAAAUAUUACGAUUAUUUUAAACGUUUGCGUCGACUUUUGCACUAAAAGCUUCAAUUUAAUUAUUAAAUUUUUAAUUUAUCAUUUCCAAGUUUUCAAAGAUUGACUGAUUUAUUCCAAAAAAGUUUACAUUCGAAGCAUGUUCUUGCGAUUGCUUCUCUUCAAUUUGAUUGCUAUUUUAUUUAUUCGACCGGCUGAAACUCAGGACCAGCCGGCCAUAACUCAAGUAAUAUGGCCUGAAAUCAAAAGGGUCGGAAUGACGGGCUAUCUCAAUUGCACUGUUACCAGGCAGGGAAUUAAUAAGGUUUACUGGAUUCGAAAAUCCGAUCAGCUGAUCAUCUCAACAGAUGAUAGAGUUCAAGUGGACAACACAAUCAACGAACGCUUGGAUGGACAACUGAAGUUCGAUGUACUCAAGAAGGUGUCUGGAGAUCAAACAAUAUACACACUCAUUGUCAGAAGAUUGGUUAUAUCUGAUUCUGGUAACUACACUUGUUCAGUUAUCGUGACUGGAGCAUCCAUCAAGCCUUCAAAGGAUGGAGAGAUCGUAGUAUUGAUACCGCCGACGAUAAAGCAAGGAGUGACUACACAGACGGUGAACGUGAAUGAAUUCGGUAGUGUCAACUUGACUUGUGACGCCGUUGGCUACCCCACGCCAAAUAUUUCUUGGGUCCGAGUCAAUGGCAGUCCCUUGCCACCCCCUUACAACAAAUAUAUGCAUCGGGGAAAAGUCCUUCAACUUGUGAACGUCGAGGCGAGCUCGAGGGGCAUGUACAGGUGCAUCGCCGAUAACAACGUGCGGCCCCUGGCCACCUACGACACCACGGUCUAUGUUAACUUCAAGCCGAUCUCUAGGCCCAUUCAGUCUACCUACGGACAGGCUGCUAAUAGGCUGUUUGACGUUACAAUUGAUUGCAUUGUUGCCGGCUACCCACCUCCUGAUAUGAACUGGUACAAGAUAGACCGCCUGGAGUACAAGCCCAUCAUCGAUGACGACUUCCACAUCAUCAACCAGAUGCUCUCGCACGGACAACAAUUAGGAAUAUCGGAAGUGUGGUACCAGCUGACCAUCAUCAACGUCAGGGCCAACGAUUACGGGAACUACAUUUGCCAGGGGACGAACAAAUUGGGUACCAGCCAGUAUAAUAUCACUGUCUUUGAAACGUCCGAAUGCCAGGGCGCCAACUGUCCAUUGGAGGGAGGAACUGUAUCACGUGCCACGCUGACGUCACGAACCCGUUAUGACGUAACAGGGAUGUGCCUUGUCCUCGUUUUUACACUAGAGUUUUUGAGAUAUUAUGUAGCGCGAGUUUAGCGGCGAACAGUAACACAAAUUUAUAUAUUACCUUUGUUGCUUUUUUUAUUUUCUAAUUAUUAUUUCAUUCUAACUGCGUAAUUUUAACGCCAAUCAUGCCCUCAUUGUCAUCAUCAUCGGUGUGUUUAACUCAUCAUCACUCUUAAUAACACUAAGAGAUGAAUAAAAUUUUGUCUAUAAAUAAAAUCAGUUUACUCAUUCAUUCAUUUAAUCGUUCAUUCAUUCAUCCAUCCAUCCAUCCAUCCAUUCAUUCAUUCAUCCAUCCAUUUAUUCAUUCAUAUAAUUGUUCGUUCGUUCGUCCUCUUCAAUCUAUCUGUGUAUAAUAUUCUCUCCAGACAAAAAUAAAAUUUUCCGAUAUAUUACAA